AUGAAGGAUCUUCUCUUUCUUCUCAUUAUCGGUAUCGCGCUGGCCGCCAAUCAAUUUGACAUCAACACCAACUACUACACAACAGUUCCCACUUCUGGCGUUGUCAGAGAGUAUUGGCUUGACAUCUCGAACGUCACCGCGGGCCCCGAUGGGGUCCAAAGGCCCAUGAUGGUAGUCAACGGUCAGUACCCAGGCCCCACCAUCGAGGCUGACUGGGGAGACACCGUCGUGGUCCAUGUCCAAAAUAGCCUGCAGGACAAUGGAACAAGUAUCCACUUUCAUGGAGUACGGCAGUUCCUUAACAACCAGAUGGACGGCGCAGUGUCAGUUACUCAGUGCCCUAUCGCGCCUGGAACCAGCUAUACCUAUAUCUGGAGAGCCGAACAGUAUGGCUCUAGCUUCUACCAUUCCCACUUUUCUCUUCAGUCAUGGGAAGGGGUGUUCGGUGGCCUUGUAGUUCAUGGCCCUAGGACAGCUGACUAUGAUGAAGACCUUGGUGUGUUGUUUCUCAAUGACUGGUCACAUCGCCCGUUCAACGAGAUGUACAUGGGCCAGCUUAGGGCUCCCACCACGCCAACGAUAGACACCGGCCUGAUCAAUAUGACAAAUGUUUGGUCCACCAGUGCUACCAAUACUGUUGGUAAACGGUUCCAAGCCGAGUUCGUCCCUGGAAAGAGAUACCGAAUUCGACUAGUGAAUGCCGCAAUGAAUGCCCACUUCAAGUUCUCAAUAGACAAUCACAACCUAACAGUCAUUGCUAGCGACUUCGUCCCAAUCGUCCCAUUUAUGACAAACAAUGUCGCCAUCGGCAUGGGUCAGCGCUACGAUAUCGUUGUCGAAGCAAAUCAACCUGUGGACAACUAUUGGAUCCGAUCAGUCCCUCAAUCAGCAUGUUCCAACAUACCCACCGGCGAUAACAUCAAAGGCAUUCUCCACUAUCACGGGGCAAACGGAACCGCAGAGCCCUCAACGAAUAAAUGGGCCUACGAAGACGACAUUCAGUGCCAGGACAUACCUAUGUCCGAUCUUGUGCCCUGGGUUUCACUAGACGCCUUGAUCUCCGAUGCAAUCAGGAUUACAAACCCAAUAGCGACUAUUGCCACGAUUAAUUCUGGGGUAUUCCUAUGGACCGUUGGUAGUGGCGCCUUCAACCUCUCCUGGCGCAACCCGACACUCCAACACCCUCCGAUUCCAGGUAUCGACAGCAUGAUCCCAGACCCUGGGGCGAUUGAGCUCCCCAAUGCCAACCAAUGGGCCAUGUUCAUCAUCACCACCACCCUAGGGGUCACACAUCCAAUCCAUCUGCACGGGCAUGACUUCUUCGUCCUUGCUCAGGGUGUUGGACCCUUCUCAACGAAUAGCACCUUGCAGACACGCAAUCCUCCCCGGCGCGAUGUAGCCAUACUGCCUGCUGGAGGACACCUUGUGAUUGCGUUUCCGGUUGAUAAUCCCGGAGCUUGGCUCCUGCAUUGUCAUAUGGGUUUCCAUUCAUCAUCGGGCUUUGCGCAGCAGAUUGUUGAGCGAAAGGCUGAGUUUUGGAAGUUUCUUAACCCACGUGUCUUGAAGGAGACCUGUGAUGCCUGGGAUGCUUAUGCAGCUGUAAAUCCGCAUGGGGUGCAGUAUAGGGGAACCGAAGGUCCGUAUGAGUCUGGGAUGUAAUAUUCCGAGCUUUGUGUAAGGGCCACAAAUUAGGUGUGACGCUAAAGGGUGGGUCUAGUAGCUAGUCGUGAUAUGCUGUCAGUCCGAUACAGGGUGUGAUUACGGCGCAGCAUUUGCCGAGAUAUAUUGCGUAUUUACUGGCUAGGCCAGAUGGCAACUGUUCCUUUUCAUCGGACAGGAAAUCUGUUUAGGUCAUAUGUGUAAUGCUCGCGGAGUAGAUAAUGAGUGUCAACUGCCUUGAUUUAGGCAGCAUUUUGCACACUGCGGCGGAGACUUGCAGGCGUCACGAUUUCCUUUGGAGUCCGAUCAACAUAUACUAAUUUGUUAAGACGGUCGUUGGAAACGGAGAGUUAUGGUUGGCAGAUAAUUCCAUUUGCCCUGAGUACGAUUUAAAAUUGUAGGUGACACUGAACCUGAUCAGGUCUUGUUGAACGUGGCACAGGUAGCAUAGCUCGGAUAUAUAAUUUUUUGUCACACAAUGAUUC